CGUUUGCAGAGUCGCGACGCCAAAGCGUCCCAAAGCGCUCGACAGCUCGCCGGCCGUUUAUUGAAACGGUUCUUUGAAGCCGGCUGUGCGUGCGCGGCAAACGCUUCAGAAAGAACUAAGCUAAGCGUGGUGUGGCCGUACGCAGAAAACCUAGUGCGGUGGCUUCUAUAAGGGGAAUUUCCACGUUCUCAGUCGGAAAUCUUUAAAAAGUACAACAUAAAAAUGGCUUCGAAGAGAGCCCUGGUCAUCCUGGCCAAAGGUGCGGAGGAGAUGGAGACGGUCAUCCCUGUGGAUGUCAUGAGACGCGCAGGGAUUAAGGUCAUUGUUGCAGGGCUGGCUGGGAAAGACCCAGUACAGUGUAGCCGUGACGUGGUCAUUUGUCCUGACACAAGUCUCGAAGAGGCGAAAAAGCAGGGCCCCUACGAUGUGGUGGUUCUCCCCGGAGGCAACCUGGGUGCGCAGAAUUUAUCUGAGUCCCCGGCUGUGAGGGAGAUCCUGAAGGAGCAGGAGAGCAGGAAGGGCCUCAUCGCCGCCAUCUGUGCAGGUCCCACGGCUCUGCUGGCUCAUGAGAUAGGCUUUGGGAGCAAAGUGACCACGCACCCACUGGCUAAGGACAAAAUGAUGACUGGGAGUCAUUACAGCUACUCGGAGAGUCGUGUGGAGCGGGACGGCCAGGUGCUCACCAGCCGCGGCCCAGGCACCAGCUUCGAGUUCGCGCUGGCCAUCGUGGAGGCGCUCAGUGGCCCAGAGGUGGCGCAGCAGGUGAAGGUGCCACUCGUGCUGUGUGACUAGAGCCGGCAGAGGGACACGCAAGCCCUGACCCUGUGCCUGUGUCCAUGUAUUUCUGAAUAAAGGGGCAGCCCGCGGCUGCCCAUGGCUGCUC